UCGGAACUAUAUUUGACCCUUACCAACAAGGAAUUUCCUUGGAACGCAACUUUAAUACAUAGCCCUUAUUAUUUUCGUUUAUUCGAUAGAAGAUGGAGUUUUAAAAUCAUCAAUGUAAGCAGGAUAGUGUGAAUGGAACAGGGGAACAUCCUAGUUCAACUCUCGUUCCAUUUUUCUCGUCAGUGUUUUGGUGCAGCAGUUUGGGGUUGUCAAGAUGGAGUCGCACAAAAGAUUAGAUGCUAGGCAUCUGAUGAAGAUGCUUGGGGAGCACCUUGCAAGAUGCAGUCAGUGGUCAUCAAAUGCGUACAAGCCUACAGGAACAUGUGAUGAGGUCUUGGGUCAACAGAGAGAUAAGGUUGUUGGUUGGAUUUUGUCAUUGAAUGCAGAGUUCAGAUUUACACCAGAAACUCUCGGACUGGCCAUAUGUCUCCUUGACCGCUUUCUGAAUCUCGUUAAGGUCCGCCCCAAGUAUCUACCCUGUGUAGCCAUCUGCUGCUUAUACAUCGCAGCAAAAACCUUGGAAGAAGAUGAGGUAAUACCAAGCACCAAGGAUCUUGUGAAGACCAUUAGAUGUGUCUGCUCUGUGGCGGAAAUUCUCAGGAUGGAGGCCAUUAUCCUGGAUAAACUUUCCUGGAAUGUUAAACAGGUCACUGCAGUGGAUCUUCUUCACAUUAUCCAUGGCUUGCUUAUGUGUUAUUACCCCAAACUGCUAGAUGGACUGAGCAACCUGACUCCCUCACAGCACCUGAGUAUGAUGAUGCGGAAGAUCUUCCAUUGUCUGGGAAACCACCAAUUGGCGGUCUUCAGCCCCAUCAGCCUCGUGUUGUCCAUUGUAAGCUUGGAGCUGGAACAAAUUACCCCAAACUGGUUCUCCAUCGUCAACACAGUCCAGCAAGUGGCAGAGGUCAACAAUCAAACCUUCUUUCACUGUCGUGAAGUGACUGGUUUGUACCUGUCCAAGCAUGGACUUCUACCCUCUGGAUAUCAGUUUAGAGUGAUCAAGCGUUCCAAGUCGAUCAAGAGAAAGGCCGUGGAUGACGAAGAGGAAGAUCUUUAUGACGGCAUCAAACGUCUGUACAGUGAAGAUGCCAUGGAUACCACCGCUUCUGUGAGGAAGUCAUGUAGCUCGGAGAUGGUUCAGCACCAAGACACUGACGGAAGAAAUAGUUUCCUUGUAGCUGCUGUCAGUGCCAAUUAGAACGUUUAAGUUCUAUUGGUUGACAAAGCUUAUCUUUCUCUUACAAGUAAUAUGAUUGAAUUAAAAAAAUAUCUCAGCAAGUCCCAAAAUUACAGGGGAUGGGGGGGGGGGGCUUUAUUAAGAAAUAGUUCAAUUAGGUAGACUCAUUUUGACAAUCGGGGCAGUUUCUUAUUGUUCAGAACUAUUACAAUAGUUAGAUACUUUCCUAAAAAUCAGUGACAAAAUUUGGGCCAAAAAAUUUUGAUUUUUUUUAAUCUGGUUAUGGUUAUUUUUAAGACCCAGACAAUGCAAGACAAAAACCUUUUUUCCCAAAAAUUUACAGAUAGGCUUUUGUUCAGCCAAACCUUCCAAGUUGCUCAGAUAAAGAAACUUCAGUGAUGGUACAGAAUUAUUUCCUCUAGCCUGUAUGGAUUUUCAUUUUUUGUUUUUUUUUUUUGGUCUACAAAAGUUGUUAUAAUUUUGUUAUGUUUUUAGAGUUUUUAUUAUUUAUUGUAUUCAAUGGCCACUAUACUUCUGUCUUUUCAAUUCUUCCCAUUGCUUUAUGAUAUGAACAUUAUUUUUCAAAAUUCAAAUGAUGUAUAUGUUCAUGUGUACAUUGUAUAAUCACAUAUAGAAUACAUAGCAAAUAAUUUAAUUUUGAUGCUUGACUAAAUGAAAAGGCAAGAUAGGCAUGGUAGGGUGCUAUUACAUCUCCGGUGAGUAAUUUUACAUAAUGUGGCCUAUGUAUGUUAUUGUCAGACUUUACUAUGUAAAGGUGACUUUUAUUAUUUCUUUUUAAGUAAUUAAAUAAUAUCCAUACUGGCUGGAGGAAAAGGAAAGAAUAUGACUCGACUCCUAUGAGAAAAAAAAAAUAUAAACUAUGCCACCAAUCGCCAUACUUAGCUUUGUUUUAUCGUGUCAGAAUUAUUUUUCAGUUCAAAAGAACCAAAAAAAGUUCAUAAAGUAAACUGUUCAAAAAAAACAAAAAACAAAAAAAAUUGUCAAUUACCCACAUUUAACAAGCAUUAUGUAGACUGUAUAUGGAUGUUGAUUAUUUUUAUUUUAAUGUAGACAAAGAUCUUGAUUGUAUAUAAUAAUUUUGUAAUGUGUUUGUAUGGAAUUUAAUGAAUUUCCACCCAAGCAAGGGAUAGGGAAAGUCUCAGGCAGCAUAAUUCCACUGACUAUAGGGAUAGUUUUGUUAAAAUAUAAUUGGACCAUGUGUUAAGAUCGCAAGAUGAUAUUAAAGGUCAUUUUUAAUUUUUUUCCCCUUUUUUCAUUUGUUGAUAAACCUCAUGGGUAAAAUUGUUAAUUUAUUAUUGAAGUCAAGGAUUUCAUUUCCCUCCUAGUAUGUGUAUACAAAAGAACAAAUAUUUGCAAAAUGUACUGGUCAGCUAUUGUGAAUAUAAAGUUUGUAUAUUGUAAAUAAGUUGUUUUUGAAAUACCCUUUUAUAUACUGAAGAAGAGUGAUUUAUACUUGCCAAGAUUUGUAAUAAGCAGGUGAGAGAAUGAUAUUAUUAAUAUUAUAUAAAAGGAGGAAUUGAUCUAAACUGUGGAAUAGGUUUAGCAAAAAUGAAAACUUUGCUUUAAAACUCAGAAUUUACAAAUUCCAUUCCAAUGAGAUCUGUAUGAAGAGCAUAGAUGAAAGAGAGAGAUCAGAAAUCCAGUUAUAUGAGAGAAGAAGGUGUGAAGUAAAACUGAGUGAUAUGUGCAAAUUUUAUUAUUAUUAUUUUUUUCAUGUCAUUGUUGUUAUAUAUUUGUUAUAAUUUCAUUUUAGUCCCAUUAUGCUGUGUAUUUGACUUGUAGAAGUUACUAGACUGGACUGCCGCACAUACUUUUUUUCUGUAAUCUGUAAAUCUUCUUGCUAACUUUCAUUUCUCAAACUAUCAGGCAGGUUAAGGUUUAGCUAAUAUCUACAGUAGAUGAAUGACAACACAUUGUUGUAAUCAAUUGAUGGCUGUGUUAUGUAAAAAGAUUUGAAUGGCAAUAAAUGAAUUCUGGUGGCAA